CCUUCUCUAGUAAUAAUAUAUAACAGACUGGCGAGAGCUACAGUUAGCUGAAUCGUGGAGUUAAAAGUAAAACUAAUUAAGAAAGUUAUCAGGGUCAUAUUUACAAGGAAGUUUGUGUGCUGUAGGCCUACUUCUCAGAAACGGAUCAAGAGUAGACGUCCUUUAAUUUAUCUAUCAAUUUAUUGACAACACAGCCAAUCAAGCAGAAGUCAUUCAAGCCAGCGCAUUUGAUCUUCUAAUGUCUAAAGCCACUUAUGUUAUCUAACAGUCGUUACAAAGUUGCCACUUAAGAAAUUUUUAUUGCAGCAUAACAACAGUUUCUGAGGUCAGCUGAGGUGUACUUUGUGAGGAUGUACCAUCGAUCUCUACUAGUCCACAAUGGAUGACUCUGUCUGUGUAGCCAUCCACAGCCAAAGCAAAACCCUUACAGAGAUUAGUAUAUGUAGCUAGCAGUUGCCUUUCUGGUACUUCGAUUCCCAUCUGAAUAGACAGGAAACAGGUUGUAGAUUAUAAGAUUUUUUUUUUUUAACUCAUCUCCUUUAUUUUAAAGGGGGAGUUCUUUUGAUUUGUAUUUAUUUAUUUAUUUUAAAGAGAUACCUCAUUAACCUAGUUAAGUUUGGUUCUCAAUAGGCUGGUCUUAAAGCAAGAGCAAAGCAGUUACACUAAACUAAAGUAACAGCAAUGGAAUCCACUACACUAGCAUCCCUAGCAACUGUUACUAUGCUAAUGGCGGCUACACAGACAAACAUGUCUGGUUAUCUCUGGCUGCUGAUCCUGGGCUUCAUCAUCGCUUUUAUCCUGGCCUUCUCUGUGGGUGCCAAUGACGUCGCCAACUCCUUUGGUACAGCAGUGGGCUCUGGAGUGGUGACCUUGCGUCAGGCCUGUGUCUUGGCCACUAUCUUUGAGACAGUGGGUGCCAUACUUUUGGGGGCCAAGGUCAGUGAGACCAUCCGGUCAGGCAUCAUUGAUGUUCACAUGUACAAUGGCUCAGAGGUUGUGCUGAUGGCUGGCUCCAUCAGUGCCAUGUUUGGAUCUGCUGCUUGGCAACUCCUAGCUUCAUUUUUGAAACUUCCCAUCUCUGGAACACACUGCAUUGUAGGCGCCACAAUCGGCUUUUCCAUGGUUGCAAGGGGUCGUCAAGGGGUCAAAUGGCUGGAAUUGCUUCGUAUUGUUGCCUCUUGGUUUCUGUCUCCUCUUCUGUCCGGCGGCAUGUCUGCCAUUCUCUUCUACUUUGUGCGCAAGUACAUUUUAAAUAAGGAUGAUCCAGUGCCCAAUGGUUUAAGAGCAUUGCCAGUUUUCUAUGCUGUUACCAUGGGAAUCAAUCUGUUCUCAAUCAUGUUUACUGGAGCACCAAUGUUGGGAUUCAACAGUUUACCAUGGUGGGGCACUCUACUGAUCUCACUUGGUUUUGCCCUGAUUACUGCUGGGGUGGUCUGGUUCAUUGUGUGUCCACUGUUAAAGAAGAAGAUAAAAAGUCAGAGUAUGGCCAACUCAAAUGGGACACCGAUGAUUGAGAAGAAGCCACCCUUAAAUGGCCCAGUAGACCAUCCCAGCCCAAGGCAAAGCUACUCUCCUAUUUCACAGACACCCUCUGCUGACAGCAACAAGGUGGCAUUUGAUAUUGGCGGCUCGGCUGAAACUGAUCUGGACAACAAAGAUUUUGAUGCCAAAGACCUGGAUUGCACCAAUGCUUUGAAUGGCAAUGCUGGAAUCCCUGUCUCAGACCUGAGUCUGAGCCAAUUCCAUACCUUAAACAAAGAUUCUGGAAUCUGCAAGGAUCUGCUGCACAAACUUCACUUGGCCAAGGUUGGUGAAUGUAUGGGAGAAACCGGAGACAAACCCAUCCGUCGUAACAACAGCUAUACGUCUUACACCAUGGCUAUCUAUGGAAUACACGGGUCCCUGAAGGAGGGCGAGGGAAGCCGGACGGGAUUGGAUGGAGAGAAAAGGCGUUCACGAUACGACAGCUAUAACAGUUACUGUUCCGCAGUGGCUGAUGGAGAAGUUGGUGCAGGUGAUGGAGCUCUGGGAGUGGAGAUUGGGGAUGAGACUGUUAGAAGAGACUCGCUGGAGGAGGAGGUGGAUGAGCUUGAGAUAGACAAGCCAGAGGUAUCCACACUCUUCCAGUUCCUGCAGAUCCUCACCGCCUGCUUUGGCUCAUUUGCUCAUGGGGGGAAUGACGUCAGUAAUGCGAUUGGCCCUCUAGUUGCCCUCUGGCUCAUUUAUGAAAGUGCUUCUGUAGCACCCAAAACACCUACACCAAUUUGGUUGCUCCUGUAUGGUGGAGUGGGUAUCUGUACUGGGCUCUGGAUUUGGGGUCGCAGGGUAAUACAAACCAUGGGUAAAGACCUGACUCCCAUCACACCCUCCAGUGGAUUUAGCAUUGAGCUGGCCUCUGCUGUAACUGUGGUUGUUGCUUCCAAUGUCGGACUCCCCGUCAGCACAACUCAUUGCAAGGUUGGAUCAGUGGUGUCAGUUGGCUGGCUCCGCUCCAGGAAGGCCGUUGACUGGCAUCUGUUCCGGAAUAUCUUUAUUGCUUGGUUUGUGACCGUGCCAAUUUCUGGUCUCAUAAGUGCUGCUAUCAUGGCACUCUUCUAUUAUGUUAUACUGCCUCUGACCUAAAUAUUUAUGUUAAACCUGUCUUUCUCUGUAAAUACUUUUACUUUUGUGCAAAAUUGCGCCUCAAGGUGAAACUAGAAUUUCUUUUGAAUGCCCCUUUAUCUUAUCCUAUCAUAUGUACUCUACUAAUGAAAGCCCAGACUCUGCUUGCACCACAUUCUGUUACUUUGUAAUCUUUGUACAUAGUGCUUCAUAGUGUUGAAGACAAUCUUAUUAGAUGUAAAAUCUGUGAGACAUGUAAAAUUAGAAUGUUUAAUUUGGAGCCUCACAUAAUUUUAGUUUUAGGUUUUCCGUUUCAACUUUUGGCAUUUUGAAUACCAAAAUGAUUUGUACAAUUUAUACUCAGAGCUGUAAGGCAAUGUUUUAUUUAUAUAAAAAAUAUCUAUAUAUAUCUAUAUAUAUGUGUUUAAAAUAAAUCAUGUUUUUGCAUGCUUAUUUGCACCUCUAAAUAAAAUUAUUGAAUGACAAAUUGUACUUCAUCUGAAAAAAUCUACAACUCUGUGAUGGAAAUUCAUUGGGAAAUCCAACUAAGUUAUAUUUAAAGGUGCACAAAUUGCAUUUUUUCCUCAUUUAAAAAGUGUUAUGUCUAAAGAAAUUUGUUGUCAUUUUAAAAUGAUGUGCACUCAUAUUGAUGAAGACUGCAGUAUUAUCAGUAACCUUAUAAAAGCUGCUUUAUUCUACACUGAGAGGGUUGCCUCAGGGGGGCUGCCAUGUUAGGAUCACAUGACCAGCAGAAUACUACUCACUUUAAAGGGAUAGUUCAACCAAAAAUUUAAAUUCUGUUAUGGCAAAUCCCCUCAGGCAUCCCAGAUGUGCUGUGACUUUCUUUAUUCUGUAGAACACAAAUUAAGAUUUUUAGAAGCAUAUUUCAGCUCUGAAGGUCCACACAAUGCAAGUGAAUGGGUGCCAAAAUUUUGAAGCUCCAAAAUCCACAUAAAGGGAGCAUAAAAGCAAUCCAUAUAACUCUAGUGGUUAAAUCAAUAUGUUUAGAAGCAAUAUGAUAGGUGUGGGUAGAAACAGAUCAAUAUUUAAGACAUUUUUUAAUCAUAAAUUCUCCUCCCUGCCCAGUAGGGGGCAAUAUGCAUGAAGAAUGUGAAUCAACAAAAACAGAAGAAAGUGAAAGUUAAGUGGAGAUUGACUGAAAAACACUUUUACUCAUCGGUUAAAUUAAUCAUUGCUGACUGUGAAUAGUGCAUUUCUACAAUUGCAUUGGUAACUUAAAAACAACUGCAUUUGAAUGAUGCUGCAUCCAAUCUUGUAGGUGUCAGUGUAAGUCCAAGGCGACAGUGUUGCCAGAUUGGGCAGUUCCCCAGCCAGUUGGGUUUGUUUUGAUGGAAUUGUGCGUGGAAAAUAUGUUUGGCCGGGUGGACAAAAUUUAGGCUGGUUUGGAAUGAUUUUGGAUGGUUUUAAAACUUUUUAAAUUACCGGUAACCAGUUCCAUCGCUUAUGCAACUAAAAUAAAGAAAAUUUCCCCACGAACAAUCAUUCAAUCAAAUAGCCAAAACACUGAUUGACAAAAAAUGUGUUCAAUCUUGUUCAGAGUAGCGAGUAGAGGUAUGCUGAAUGAGCAAGUGAUCUGCAGUUGUUGCUCUUGGAUUUUAGCGAUAGAAGUUAGUUAGGCAAUCUAAACAAUGACAAAGAGGUGAAAGAUGUAACAGAAUAUAUAGAAAAUGGGGAAAUGUCUGUGAACCUCAAGUCUUGAUUAUUGCCAGGAAUUAUCCGUGUUGUUUUUCUCAUGCAUAUUUGACACUCUUGCAACCCAAUGGGAAAUUUGCACUUGAGAUGCCAUGAAAUUUACCUUUCACUGCAGUACCAAUUAUAUAUAUAUAUAAUUUGUUAUAUAAUGGAUUUUAUAUCAUUGUACAGUAUUUUAAUAUGUAUAUCAAUGUAUAUUAUUUAUUACAAUAGCACUCAAGCUGUGAACGUGUACUGCUAUAUUUGACUGUUCUCUAAAUUUUCAAAUAAAUAAUUAUAGACAAGACUCCA